AUGCCGUCGAAGCCAAUGAACAAUAGCAUGCGGGGCCUACAACUUUUUAUUGCAGACCUAAAGUCUGCACAGUUGCAGCAGACACAACAGAAGCGCAUACAGUCGGAGCUCGUGAACAUCAAGACGAAUUUCGGAACGAGUGGGCUGAAUGGAUACCAGCGUAAGAAGUAUAUAGCGAAGCUGGUCUACAUCUACAUCACAACAAAUACAGCCAAAGUAGGGGAGGUGCUGUUUGGGUUGGAGCAAUGUUUGGUGCUGCUGAAAUCAAGCGUGUACUCUGAAAAGGCGAUUGGAUACCAGGCUUUAGAGUUGCUCAUGCAUCAUAAGGAGGCUCAGGAGAGCGUGCUUUUCCCGGUCAUUGAGCAGGUGAAGCUUGACCUAACCAGCGCAGAUACGGACACUGUCGCUUUGGCGCUCAACUUCCUUGGAAUUGCGGGUGGUUGCAGUCGAACAGUCGGGAACCAGUUGUUUUAUGAUGUGUUCAAGAUUUUGAAGUCGCCGCUUGCUCCAUCUUUGUUGAGGUCCAAGGCUGCGUUGGCAUUUCUAAUGUUGGUUAGAAAGUCUCCGGAAGUGUUAACGGACCAGGAUGACGCGACUUUGGCUGAAUGGGUACGCUGCAUAUUUGCGCUUCUGGAUGAUGAGAAGAACUAUGGUCUCAUCCUUGCCGGGGUGCCGCUUAUUGAGUAUUUCGCACGUCAUGUCGCAUAUGACCAAUGCAUAAAGCUGGUUCCGAAGCUGAUUCAGAUCCUUUACAGUUGCGUGGUGGUCGCCAAAGAUAAUCCGAACGAAUUUCCAGAGGAAUACCGGUUUGCAAAGAUGCCCAAUCCGUGGCUUGUAAGCAAUAUUUCCAAACUGUUGAAUGUUCUGAUCACACCAAGCGACUCUCACGGCAGAUUCACUUCUUUGAACAUUGAUCAACAGAGCCUGGGCAGAUUGCGUCUCUGUGUGACCAAGGUGAUUGAAUUUAACGGCAUCCAAGGUACGCUCUCCAACGCUACCCAGCACGCGAUUUUAUUCACUCUCAUCAACCUUGCCUGCAAGUUAGAUCCAACUGCGGAUGCUCUCAAUAACUCGGUGGCCGUACUUACAUCUUUGCUAGGAUCAAAGGACACAAAUAUUCGUUACUUAACCCUGGAUGCCCUCACCAAAAUGUCUUUCAGUUCUGGUGGCCGUGUGAAGGACACUUUAAGGAAGGACUACUUGCCCCGCUUGCUACAAAUUUUGCAGGAAGAGCGGGAUGCGUCGAUCGUAUGCAAGGUUUUGGACCUGCUCUAUGCCCUCGCUAGCGAGGAAAAUGUUGAAUACAUCGUUGAGCAGCUUUUACAUUUUCUCGCGAGUUCUACCAAGAGGCCAUUAUCGAUUAGAAAUGACCUUUGCGUCAAAGUUGCCGCACUUAUUGAAAACUCUUCGAAGAGCCCUGAAUGGGUGGCGCUGUCACUUUUGAAACUAUUGUCGCUUACGCCGGUUGAGUCAAACAGCACCAAGGGUGACAUGAUAUGCCAACGGGUGUGCUACCUGGUAGUGAACGAAGAGCGGCUGCGGAAGGUAACUUGUAUGAACCUAGUUAACUAUUUGUUGGCACCUGCCCCUUCUACCUGCAUAUUGAAAGCUAGUGCGUUCAUAUUUGGCGAGUAUGCCAAUCUUCUGUUGGAAAAUAUAUCUAUUGGCGACUUAUUCAAUGUAUUUGCCGAAAAGUACUUCCAAUCUGAUAAUACCACUAGAGCCAUGAUUCUAACCACCCUUAUCAAACUUUAUAGGUUCAAUCCUGCGAUUGGCAGCGCUGCAAUCAAAUUUUAUCAAUUGGAGCUCACGUCACUGGAUUUGGAGCUACAGACGCGCGCAUAUCAGUAUCUCAAAAUCAUCCAGUUGGACAAGUUAAAAAAGCAUGACAUGAAGCUACUCGAUACUAUUUUCAGCGAGAUGCCUCCAUUUCCCAGAAAGAAAGCUCUCUUUGCUCCCGAUAACGCGACCGGGGAAUUUUCGGAAGAUAGCGAGCUUCCCUCGUUUACCGACAAUAUACCGAGCAGUAAGUCUAAUUCCCGAGCGCCGACUCCAGCGCCGACACCGCCGCCAUCCAGGAAUAUCAAGACAACUUAUACUAGUGUUACUCUGUCUGAUGGAUGGGAAUCUGGGUUCAAGCGUAUGCUUUUGCACCAGCAGGGCGUGUUCUACAAAAACUCGCUGCUGAAGGUCCUAUACCGCAUUAUCCAGAAUCCUUCACAGCCCUCAAUAUCGAUAGUUUCACUGACCACUGUGAACAAUGCUGAGCUGCCGAUCACUGGCUUUUACCCAGAGGUAAUUCCGUUUCGAACCAGCGGCAACCCUUCAUACAUCACUAAUGUCACAGAGAUGAGCAACUUCACCAUUGAGCCUGGUCAAAGAACAAACUUCUCAUUCGAACUUCAAACAAGGUAUAGCUUCCCAGUGAUCGAAGCACCUAUUGUCACUUUCAACUUCCGUUACGGAGGCCACAACAGAGACAUAGGGCUUAAGCUGGGUUAUGGUAUCACCUCCACAAUUAGCUCCAAGGACAAUGUCUCCACAAUGGCGCAGUUUAUCCAGCGCUGGAAAACCAUCAGCGACGCACUGGGUCAUCACGGCGAGGCGCAGGACGUGCUAGAUCCGGAAUCAUCGACCCAGCUAGAAGUGAACCUCCAGCGGAUGGGGUUUGCCAUAGUUGAGCAGGAGUCGGUGCCCCACACUGUUUUCGCGACAGGUAUUGUUCAUACUAAAUCCUCCGGCAACUUCGGUUGCCUGCUAAAGCUUAUGAUCACCGACAGCGCGGUUAAGCUCACAUGCAAAACCACCUCCGACGGCUCACUUGCCCAAGAACUAGUCGAAUGCGUCGUCCAAGCGUUUCAUAGCACUACUUAG